GGAAAACAAAGAGCUGGAGAUGCGCGUGUGGAUUUACCGGAGAGAACAACAAAAGAAGGAAGACGAAAGUAACGUCUGAUCAAAUCCUUGCGGAAAUUAAGUUAGCUUCGGACUGGCGUCUGUAGCUGUCAUUUUAAAAUAAAUGUAUUAAACCACAUUUCCAUGGACGUCUGUAAACUGGUCAUACACUGAUCUGUGCACAGUUAUUCCCCCACAGAUGAGGAGCAUGCGAGUGUAAUUUCUCAUUUUCUCUUCAGCAAAUCACUUUUCUUAAUGGAUUAUAAGGGCGAGCGAGACACAUUUGGUUAAAAAUUGAAGGCCCUUGAUGACCCUUAAUGUUCUUAUUGCAUGUUAAAAAUUGAAGGCCCUUGAUGACCCUGCUGCCUGGCCUCAUUUUGGCCGGGUUGCAUUAGUUAAAACAUAAAAAAAACAGCCAAGAUGUCUGCUCCAGAAACUCCACAGCUACCUCAAAGACCAGAGGUUAAACGGAGACCCCCGAUUCCUACAAAGCCCUCCAAUAAUACCUCGGAAGCUUCAUCUGUGGACAGCACAGCCUCUCAGAGGUCUGGGAAUGUAAAAACGAUAGUCAGCAAGUUCAGCUAUCCAGAGCCAGAGAACAUUCCAUGUGGAGGUACAGCAAAGAGUGCCAGCAUGGACAGGAGACAACAAAAACCUCCUAAAGUAAAGCCAAGACACAAAGUCAAGACUUCUUCUAUGACCAGUGCUGGCAUGGCACCACCUCUGCCUCCAAAGACAAGGCAAAAUUCCACUGGCCAGAAGGAAGAGGUGGAAUACAAAGAGGCUUCUGCACUGAUUAGGCAAGAAGGAUGCUUAGCUGCUGUAAUUAUUGAUGGCCGAUCAGCUCCUGAUGGGAAAGAGGGUGGCAAACUUCGAGCAGAACAGGAUUCAAGCCCUCUUCCGGAGCCUCAGUGUGAGAAGAACUGCAGCUGUGUUUGUCACCUGCAGAGGCCUGGCAUGAAGCUUGUAUGGGUGCCAAUAAGUGAAAAAGAGGAAGACGAGGGUGAGGAUGAAGAGAUGGGGCCAGAUUCUGAGAUAGAGACCAAUGACAUGGAGGAUCAGAAUGAAAGAGGAGGAGAGGGAGAAAGCGAAGCAGGAAAACAGGACAAGUCAAGUAUGGAGGUGGAAUCUUUGAGUGAAUCUUUAGCUGAGAGCAAGAACAACAGUGAGGAACCGGUAACAAAUAAAGACAUGUUCCAGAAGGCCCGCAGCCUCAUAGAACAGCAGCUGAGGAGGAAAUCAGACCCUGGGCCUCAAACACUGAUUGCCUCUGUUCUCCCGUUUCCUCAGACCCCUCUAAAUGCCACAAAAGCUCAGUCUUUGGAACAAGAGGAACCCAUUUAUGAAGUUAGCUUAGAUUUGGUCCCUCCACCCAGACCGCAAAAGGGGUCAGACAUUCUGACAAGCGAGGACACCCUUCCAGCCAUUCCUCCUCGAAUGCCUUUGGAUAACAGGUGCACGCCUCGCCUUGUUUUGUCUCCACCUCUAGCACGCCCUGUCUCCCCUCUGCUGCCCCCUUCCAAAUGCAGUCCACCUGCCAGUCCUCGACCACAAAGAGCUCCACCACCACCACCAUGCAAGACCUAUGAGAAUGGCAGACACCUCAGUAGUUAUUCUAUGCGGUCUAUAGAUGAGAAUGACAGUGCAGGGGCUGAUGGGGGAAAAUGUGGAACCAAUGAGAAACCUCCACGGUUACCACGUCGGCAACAAUCUGUUGACUUAGAAGCCGGAAUGAAUGAGGACUACUUGUAUCAGUUUUACACAAAAACGUUUAUAUCCAAGGAGAUCAGGAGAACAGUGUGCCGUAACAUCAGUAAGACCAGCAUAGACUUCCAGAUGGGGCCACACAAUACAACCAGCUCAGAGAAAGGAGCUGAAGGUCCCAGAUCCAGUCCCAUUCCAACUCUCAAGCAGAACAAUUUGUGGCAGGAUCUGCCAGCAGUACGAGACAGUGGUGUCCUGCAGACCCUUUCCCCAGAAGAGAGCAAGUACCAAGAGAGCAUGUUUGAGGUGAUAACAUCAGAAAUGUCGUACUUGCGCUCUCUGCGUGUGCUAACAGAGCACUUUAUGGAGUCAAGUGAUUUGAGUGAAACUAUCAUUAUCAGGGACAAAAAAACACUCUUCUCAAACAUCUUGCGCAUACAAGAGGUCAGCGAGAGAUUUCUGAAGGACCUGGAAGACAGACUAGAUGAGAGCAUUAUCAUUACAGACAUCUGUGAUAUCAUUCACUAUCAUUCUCAACACCAUUUCCCUGCAUAUAUCGACUAUGUUCGAAACCAGGUUUAUCAGGAUAAGACCUACACCAAUUUAAUACAAACUAACUCCCAGUUUGCGACUGUGAUCACCCGACUGCAGGAGUCACCCAAGUGUCAGCGACUGCCCUUCAUGUCCUUCCUGUUGCUGCCCUUCCAGAGAAUCACACGCAUUAAAAUGCUCAUUGAGAACAUCCUGAAGAGAACGGCUGUAGGUACAGAUAAGGAACAAACAGCAUCUAAAGCUCUGGAUUCUGUGUCCAAGAUCAUAGAAGAAUGUAAUACUCAGGUUGGAAAAAUGAAACAGGUGGAGGAGCUCAUUCAGAUUAAUGGUAUGCUGGAGUUUGACAAGCUAAAGGCGUUGCCAAUUAUCUCUCAAACACGUUACUUGGAAAAACGUGGAGAGUUGCAGGAAAUAAAUAGAGGAGGAACGUUCCUGAAUAUUCGCCCCAGAUUCACCCCUGUCUACCUCUUUCUCUUCAACGACCUGCUUGUCAUUGCCAGCAAGAAAAGUUCUGAGCGGUAUGUAGUCCUAGAUCAUGCCCAUCGGUCCUUGAUCCAGGUGCAGCCUCUGGGGGAGGACACAUCUGUGCCCAGCCUGGAGAACUGCUUCUGUCUGACUCUGCUGGAGAAUCACCAGGGACGUCAGAUGGAGAGAGUUUUGAAGGCUCCCACACAAUCUGACCUACACAGGUGGUUGGCAGUAUUCCCCAAUCCCAACGACCAAAAUAAAUAUCAAGAGGAAGUCAUAUAUGAGGACUGGGACUGUCCUCAAGUGCAGUGUGUGGAACAGUACGUGGCAGUUCAGGCAGAUGAGUUAAAUCUGGAGCCUACAGAGAUUGUCAACGUCACACGGAAAACAAAUGAAGGAUGGUAUGAGGGGAUCCGUCUGUCUGACGGACAGAAAGGCUGGUUUCCUGAAGCAAAUGUCCUGGAGAUCACCAAUGAGCACGUCCGACGACGCAACCUCAGAGAGCGCUAUCGGGUUAUCCAAGCUGCGGGUGUUGUUGCCAACAAGACCCGGAGUAUACCAUAGAUUGAAAGCUCUGCAUCCUGGCAUCCUGGAAUUCCUAAAAUGGGAAUAGUCUUUUAAAUUAUGGACAUUUAAUACAGACUCUGUACUGAUGGAAAGUGUUGAUGUAUUGAUGUAUUACAUCCUUUUAGGAUCAGAAACAUAAUUCUAUUGGGAUUUUAAACAAAGAACAUGGGAAAAUGGAUUGACCAUGAACAAAAAAAAGUCAUUUUGGCACUUUGAACAAAAUGAUAAACUAAAUCUCAUGUAGGUGUGGCUUCAGUGGGCCCAAUAUGUUCCAUUCAGUUGUUUUGUUAGGGACCCUAUUAUGGAAUGUACAUUGUUUCAGAGAAGUAUGUGUAUGUGUGUGUGCAUGUGCAAGAGCGUGCAUGCCUGUGAUCUUCAGUACUUGCUUCAAGAAUGUCAAACUUCAGAAAUUCCAGUUAAGCUGAUCAGAUGGGUUAGAUGGUGCCUGUUGGUUAAAAUAUCACAUGCUCUGAUUGUUGCUGGUUGGUAAAAAUAUCACGUGCUCUGAUAUAGAUGACCAAGGUGGUACAUUCUUUAUAAACCUGCAUGUUUAGUCUUGUUAAUGGAGGCAACGAAUGUGUGGUAUUUAGAUUGUGUACUGUAAACACAAGUGCUGUUGUGGUACAUGUAAAUGGGAUAUGUAUUUAUUGUACAGUUGAAUUUAAAGGGAUAGUUCACCCAAACAUUUAAAUUCUCUCAUCAUUUACUCACCCUCAUGCCAUCCCAGAUGUGUAUGACUUACUUUCUUCUGCUGAACACAAAUAUAAUUUUUUAGAAAAAUAUCUCAACUCUGUAGGUCCAUACAAUACAAGUGAAUGGUGGCCAGAACUCUGAAGGAUCAAAAAGCAUGUAAAGGCUGCAUAAAAGUAAUCCAUAAGACUCAAGUGGUUAAAUCUAUGUCUUUAGAAGCGAAAGGUGUGGGUAAGAAACAAUACAAUAUUUAAGUCCUUAAUAAACAAGCAAUAUUUAAAGUCCUUUUAUACCAUUAAUCUCCAAUUUCACUUUCACAUUCUUCUUUUGUUAAUGGCAAUUUGCAUUUUUCAUGCAUAUCGCCACCUACUGGGCAGGGAGUAAAAUUUACAGUUGAAGUCAGAAGUUUACAAACACUUAGGUUGAAAUCAUUCAAAUUAAUUUUUUAACCACUCCUCAGAAUUUUUAUUUUUUUGGACCCCCACAAGUCUGGUUCAUCCUUGGGAGCAAUUUCCAAAUGCCUGAAGGUACCACGAUCAUCUGUACAAACAAUAGUACGCAAGUAUAAACACCAUGGGACCACGCAGCCAUCAUACAGCUCAGGAAGGAGACGCAUUCUGUCUCCUAAAGAUGAACGUAGUUUGGUGCGAAAAGUGCAAAUCAAGUAAAACAAGUCCUAUAUCGACAUAACCUGAAAGGCUGCUCAGCAAGUAAGAAGCCAAUGCUCCAAAACUGCCAUAAAAAAAGCCAGACUACAGUUUGCAAGUGCAUAUGGGGACAAAGAUCUUACUUUUUGGAGAAAUUUCCUCUGGUCUGAUGAUUUUUUUAAAUUUUUUUAUUUUUUUACAUUUUGGCCAUAAUGACCAUCGUUAUGUUUGGAGGAAAAAAGAUGAGGCUUGCAAGCCGAAGAACACCAUCCCAACCAUGAAGCAUGGGGGUGGCAGCAUCAUGUUGUGGGGGUGCUUUGCUGCAGGAUGGAAUGGUGCACUUCACAAAAUAGAUGGCAUCAUGAGGAAGGAAAAUUAUGUGGAUAUAUUGAAGCAACAUCUCAAGACAUCAGCCAUGAAUUUAAAGCUUGUUCGCAAAUGGAUCCUCCUAAUGGACAAUGACCCCAAGCAUACCUCCAAAUUUGUGGCAAAAUGGCUUAAGGACAACAAAGUCAAGGUAUUGGAGUGGUCAUCACAAAGCCCUGACCUCAUUCUGAUAGAAAAUUUGUGGGCAGAACUGAAAAAGCGUGUGUGAGCAAGGAGGCCUACAAACCUGACUCAGUCUACCCAAAACAUUUGACCCAAGUUAAACAAUUUAAAGGCAAUACUACCAAAUACUAACAAAGUGUAUGUAAACUUCUGACCAACUGGGAAUAUGAUGAAAAAAAUAAAAGCUGAAAUAAAUCAUUUUCUUUACUAUUAUUUUGACAUUUCACAUUCUUAAAAUAAAGCAGUGAUCCUAACUGACCUAAGACAGGGAAAGUUGUCUACGAUUAAAUGUCAGGAAUUGUGAAAAACUGAGUUUAAAUGUAUUUGGCUAAGGUGUAUGUAAACUUCUGACUUCAACUGUAUAGUAAAAAAGGACAUACAUAUUAAUCUGUUUCUCACCCACACCUAUCAUAUUGCUUCUGAAGAUUUCACCACUGGAGUCGAAUGGAUUACUUUUAUGCUGCCUUAAUGUCCUUUUUAGAACUUAAAAUUUCUGACCACCAUUCACUGUCUUGCAUCUUAUGGACCUACAGAACUAAGAUUUUCUUCUAAAAAAAUCUUCAUUUGUGUUCAGCAGAAGAAAGAAAGUCAUACACCUCUGGGAUGGCAUAAGGGUAAGUAAAUCAUGAGAGAAUUUUAUUUUUUGGGUGAACUAUCCCUUUAAGCGUAAAACAACAACACCAACAACGAUAUAGCCAACCCAGUCAGAAACGUGUCUGUACAUAUACUUUUUUACAGUUAGAGAGAAUAGCAGCAAGCUUCAUCAGUAAGUUGUGGGCUUUUAAGAGUGCCAUGAUCUACUCAUGCUGUUGUGAGUCAUACUAAUAAUUGGUUGACUUUUUAAAGAAUGACAUCCUUCAUUGUUUGUAUAUGUGGGUGUGGGAAUAUAAAUGUGGGAGCAUACAUGGAUUUUACAUUGUGAAUACAAUAGGUAGUUCGGGUAGGUAGGAGGUCUGCUUUAGACUUCUGUUUUCUUGUCCUGUGAAUAGUAAAGGGAAAAGCAACACUUUAAGGAGAAGUUAUGUGCUUGAACUUCUGCUCCGUGCAUUAUAGAUGCAUCUUCCUCUGGCGCCAUCUAAUGGACAAAGUGCAUCGAUGCAUUUAAUGUAGAGUAUAAUGUGCUUUAUUUGGAGUAGCUUGAUGCAGCAAACAUUUUUUCUGUCUCAGUUGAUCCCAGUAUAUUCAUGUAUAUCCUCAGUGUAUUCUUGACAAAGACCAAAGGCAAGUAAAACAUGAAAGAGCAGCAGUUACAUAGUAUAUGUAUGUGGUAUAUGUAGAUAUGUAUAGUAUAUUAUUGGUCAUUUAUUGGAACAAAAGCAUAAAAAAUUAAAUGUACUUGAAAAAUGUA